AUGUCGCAGUCAAUUUUCGCCUUCUUGCUCACCCCCUACACCAUCCCUCUCCUUUGUGUGUUCUAUUUCCUGCUGCCCUAUCUCUCCAAGUCGCACUGGAUUGCCCUGCCUGCGCCUUUCCCUGCUGCUUUUACAAAUCUCUGGCUUCUCUACCAGUGUCGUCGUGGCCGCCGGUUUUUGGCGGUGCAUGAGGCCCAUCAGAAGCACGGAAAAUUUGUGCGCAUCCAGCCCAACCACGUCAGUGUUGCCGACGACGCUGCAAUUCAAGCCAUAUACGGGCACGGCAAUGGCUUUUUGAAAUCCGACUACUACGAUGCAUUCGUCUCGAUUCGUCGCGGCUUGUUCAACACGCGAGAUCGAGCGGAGCACACCCGCAAACGCAAGACUGUCGCACACACCUUUAGCGCAAAGUCCGUGGGCCAAUUCGAGCAAUACAUUCACGCAAACAUUGAGCUUUUUGUGACUCAAUUGCGCACCAUCUGCCAAAACCAGACAGAUCCUCGUAGCGGCUAUGCCUCGAUUGAUGCGCUGAAUUGGUUUAAUUAUCUUGCCUUUGACAUCAUUGGCGACCUGGCCUUUGGCGCCCCGUUCGGCAUGUUGGCCAAGGGCAGAGACGUGGCCGAGGUGCGCAAGACGCCCGACUCACCACCGACCUAUGCACCUGCUAUUGAGGUUCUGAACCGUAGGGGCGAGGUUUCGGGUACACUGGGAUGCCUGCCGGGCUUGAAACCGUAUGCGUCGUAUCUGCCAGAUGCAUUCUUUAGCAAAGGCCUGGAGGCCGUUCAGAAUCUGGCUGGAAUUGCGAUUGCGCGUGUGAAUGAGCGUCUCAAGCCAGAGGUUAUCGAGAACAAUACCCGCGUAGACCUCCUCGCUCGAUUGAUGGAAGGCCGAGACGAGACGGGCGCGCAUCUGGGACGCGAAGAACUCACGGCAGAAGCUCUUACGCAACUUAUUGCAGGCAGCGAUACGACCUCCAACACUUCCUGCGCGCUCCUUUAUUGGGUACUCCGCACUCCAGGCGUGAUGGAGAAACUGCAAAAGGUCAUUGAUGAGGCCGUUCCGGAGGGUGUCGAUGUGCCGAGUUAUGCUAUGCUCAAGGAUGUACUUUACAUACAAUACGUCAUUCAAGAAACAAUGCGCAUCCACAGCACCUCUGCCUUGGGACUCCCUCGUCUAAUCCCACCGGGCAACCCGCCCGUUGACAUAUGCGGACAAACAUUCUAUGCCGGCGACGUAGUCUCCGUGCCAUCAUACACGAUCCACCGCUCCCCCGUAAUCUGGGGCCCCGACGCCGAGUCCUUCGUGCCUGAUCGCUGGGCUCCGGACCGGGUGACGGCGCGCCAAAAAGCGGCCUUUAUCCCCUUCUCCACGGGACCGAGGGCCUGUGUAGGUCGGAAUGUGGCAGAGAUGGAGUUGACGUGUAUCGUGGGUGCAGUGUUUCGGAAUUUCGAGUUUGUUAUUGAGCAGGAUCAUCCGAUGGAGACGCGAGAAGGAUUUUUGAGGAAGCCGUUGGGGUUGAAGUCUGGCCUGCAUUCUGUUGGCAUCAGCCGGAUUCGGAACUGGUGGUCACUCUUGGCACAUUUCCAAGAAUUGACUCAAUUUUCAGACUCUCAUUCUCAUACGAACCUGAAAAUUGGUUAG